CGUCGUCGAGGAGAGGAACAAGCAAGGAUCCGACUGACUGAGCCCGGCUAUCUCUCACGAACAAGCUCCGGCUAGCAUGGCACACGGCUUCAGACAUCGCUUGGGAGGUCUCGGGAGCUCCGGCAAGGUAGCCGAAGCCGCUCAGAGUCUGGACUGGACUCAGGAGCUCGAGCAUGCCAAUCCUCUCAAGCUCGGCAGGCUGGCCGACUUGACACUUCCCUCGGACGUCACUGCUAUGGCCUACGAUCCACUACAGGGUCUACUGGCCGUCGGUACACAUUCCGGCACGGUACACGUCUUUGGAGCUCAAGCAGUGCGGACCUCGUGGAAAAUAAAGAGUAGGCAGGAUCAACGGAUCAAGCUGUUGCAGUUCUGGACGGGCACACCGCUGCUCAUCAUCAUCGAUGAGAGCAACACGCUCUCCAUCUUUGACCUUGCCACGCUCGAGCAUCGCAGUCAACCUACACGCUACGCCGUCACGAGUCUACGGAGUGAUGUGACGGCCAUCGAGUCAACUCACGUCCAUUCGCAUCUGUUUAUCGGUUUCAGAGAUGGAUCGAUAGAUUGCUACGAUCUCGCCUGUGCUCGCAUAUCCGGCCAUAGGAUCUCGAAUCUCUGGCUAGAGCAAGAAGAAGUCCUCAGGCGGUCCGGUGUGCCCGACGCGCCCUCGCGUCGUCAUAUCCCCGUCCUCGUCGACAUUCACAUCCACCCGACCGAUCUCAAUAUCCUCGCAGUGGCCUACGAGGGUGGUGUGGCUCUGUAUGACAUACGAGCGAGGGAGGUCAGAUCUACUUUCGAUCUGAUCAUACCCCCGGGCGCUCUGGGCGGCGGUGGCGACUCGGGAGAACGCUUGUUUACCGAGCGACGCCCUGCAGUCACAUGUAUAGCCUUCAGACAUGAUGGUCUCGUCCUAGCAGUCGGUCACAUUGACGGCAGUAUCUCUUUUUGGGAUCUCAACGAUGCCGAUCAUCCCCUCUUAGUCAGAACGCUAGACAGGACGGACGUCAACAUUGCCAAUGCAGCCGACCUCUUCAAUACCGACGAGACUCAACAAGACGAACAACCUCGUGAGCCCAUCUUCAAGCUCUCUUGGGCUUCUCCGCCCGAGCAAGGCUUCGUCGAACGCAUGACGACUGCUGCACCAGCUUCACUAGAGACUCAGCUCAUCGUGCUCGGCGGUCUCACUCCUUCCGACAGAGCAGGCGUCUACGUCAUGCAUUUCCCCCUCGUUGCUGCUCUGGCUAGUACCGGACAAGCAGCAACGAGUCCGAUCAAGCAAGCAUUCGGUCGACUGCGCGAUUCACUCAAUCCGACAAAGCGAUCAGUAUACCCUACUCUCGAUGCAGCGCAGGAUUACCUCGUCCUACCUCGGACGGCUCAAGCGGGUUUGGCCAAUGAUCCAUUUGGCCUGGUCAUUACCUCAUCAGCUCAAGAGCAGCCUAAGGACAUGACAGCAUGGUCGUUUCCGCCUCGUCACGCCGAGCUACAGGAAGAACUCGCACUGCCUACCUUACUCGCUUGGUCUGGCAAGCGAUGUAUCAGCACAAGUAGUAUCAGAUCGGUUUCGAGCGAGGCACAUAAACAGCUUCAGAGAAGGCGAGAGACCCGGCUGCCGGCUUUACCCCUCGCAGGCGGGACUGCUCAGCCCAGAGCAAGAGGGCACGAGAAAUUGGAGGCGAUGGUCUCUGCUGUUCAGUUGGAAGAGCAUCGCAUCUUGCUUACAGGCCACCGAGAUCUGUCUGUGUGCAUCUCAGAUCUGUCGUCCUCGCUGCUCGCUCCGUCUUAUGCCCAAGAUAUGACACAAGACUCCAGAUUGCGGCGCGAUUUCCCUUCUCUGCUAUAUAGCCUACCCGGCCAGACCGUUCUCGCGGCUCUGCGUGAGAAUCAUCAUCGUCGUCUGGACUUGCGACCCGAUCUGAGCGUCACGCACAUUGAGCUUUGCGAAGAUAGCCUCGAGCUACUCGUCGUUUUCAAUGACGGACAAUCGCUCAUCUUUCGCUUGGGUUCAGCUGGCGAAGCGGAGUACGAAGGCCCUCCUGCAUCUUCUCGCAAGUCAGAGAUUCCACUGCCUGCGCACGAUGCCCCUGCCUGGACAGAAUCCACCAGUCCCCCACCGCCCGUCCGUCCUGCCCGAUCGUUGCUACGUACACAGUCGGGCGAAGUUCCGCCGCCUCGUCCUGCUCGCAGAAGACCGCUCGAAGGACAAAACUGGCAAGUGGAUUCGACCAACAUCUCACGCCUGUCCGUCCCGGGCAAAUUCAAACCGAUGUACCGCGUUCAGUGCUCUAGCGAUAUCCUCACUGCGCUCGAUUUCAAGAUUGGCUUUGUCGCUCUUGCAUAUGGACCCAAUCUGGCCGUAUUCGAUCUGAGAACGGGCGAAGCGAUCCCGAGACCACAGGCGAGUAAUGUGCGGGAGGUCAUAUCCGUCCUCAAAUUCAUCGUUGGACCAACGGAAGAAGAUGCGGAGAGUGCAGUCAGAUUGUUAGAAGUAAGGACCAGUGGGCAAUGUACGGUGCUCGAUUUUCACCAAGCAGCAGAUACUUGGAUCAUCUCGAGCGAACGACGCGUAUUCGACCACAACAGCCUCUCAAAGCCGCUCAACGCCAUGGUUUGCGAUAUCAGAGGCAAGAAUCUCGCUGCCAGUCCGCAGCUGCUCGAAAUGGCUAUGCUCGCCCAGCGUGAUCCCAUGAUGCGCAGAGAACGCGAGAAAGGACCGAAUUUGCAUUCGCUCAGCUUUGUCAUUGCUACUCGGUCGAUGGCGUCCUUCGUCAACACGACCGGCACUCGACUGACCAAAAUCGAUUUCGAGGUCGAAGCUGUGGGCGCAGCGAUGCUGCAUUUGCAGGGCCGUCUGCUCCUGGCGGUUUACUUUCGAGAUGGAUCAGUCCGCGCGUAUCGAGUGCCCGGCCAUCUCGAAGAAAUCCAGCUUGUCAACACGAUAGACGAUUUCAAAGCGGUUCCACCGGUAGAAGUGACGCCAAGCGGUGAUUGCUUACGCACCGAUCACGACGGCAUUCAUCUCAUCACACUGUGCGACGUUUUGCGACCAGCCUAUCCACCUGCACUCACUCUGCACAACCCACGCAACAAUGUGCGCACACAAGCCAUAGCUACGAUGGGCUCGACCGUCAUGUCCUGGUUUGGCGGCGUGGCAGGUCCGGCGACGGGAGCGGAAAUCGACAGCUUGCUUGCAGGACCGAAUCGGCCCCCGCCAAAGACUGCGCCUACAGCUACGCCAGACAGUGCCGCUCCCCGACGUGGACCUGUUGCGACUCCUUCGUCGAGUACGGGCACAGACUAUAGCAAGAUCAAUCGCCAGCGCGCAACAGAAGAGACCGCUCAAACGCGAGAUUAUCUGGCGGAACUGCAGCAAGGUCUCUCCGAGCGCGGCAUGAAGCUCGAGAAUCUUCAGAACGGUCUGAACGAUAUGUCGGCAGGAGCAUCGAGCAUGCUGGCCAACGCCAAGCGCAUGGCGGUCCAGCAAGCAGCCAAGCAAAAGCUAGCAAGUAUGUUCACAUAG